CUAACCGUCGUUUGUUUUGCACUUACACAUACGAAGCGUAUGAAUCGCGUGAAAAAAUCGUUCGAACAACAAGCGUCAGGACAACAAUAUUGUUUAUUUCGUGAUUAAGUUUGCUCCGGAAACAGAAAAACAUAUUUGCCGAUCGGUGAUUAUCGUGGUCAGUGAUAAAGAAAGUUUAUUUCUACUGUGGAAGAGCGCUGUGCGAGUCGGUGGAGUGGUUUUUCGUUUUCAGAAGUUUCGAUCACUGGAGAGAAGCAAAAGUACAUAAAAGGAAAAAAUGACGCCGGUGGCCGUCGUGGAAUCGCCGCUCAGACGGUCCGAUGCAUCGCGACUAUUUCGAACGCCCCGUGCCCUUUCCGAAGAGGAAGUCGCAAACGAUGACGAGGCGGAACGAAGGAUCCGAAGGUCGGCAGCCUCCCUGGAUGAUAGUUCACUGUCCGGUGGGACGACCGUCGAGCACAACGAAAACAUCAAAAUGUGCCUUCAGCUGUACUCGGAUAAUAAACUGAGCAAAGACAACGCCUGGACGGUAACCAUUAUCGAUGCCUUCUCGAAACUGAUGUCCCGCCACUCGUCGAUGCAAAAUUUCCAGGUUGCUGGUUCGACACUGGAGGCUUCCACGAAGGUGUACGGUCUCCGGGUCGAUUCCGUGCACACCGACGUUAUGCGUAUGUGUUCGGAGCUGACGCGACAAUCCGCUCAAGCCAUGGACAACAACCGCGCGGACGACGAUGAUGCGGAUGCUGAAGCGAAUAAGGAGAACAAUGCGGCCGGAGGAGACGGAGCUGCCGGACAAUCGCAGGAUCCUAAGCCCAAGAAAAAAAGAGCCCGGAAGCACGUUAGCACCGUUACCAAGAAUAAGGACACCAUCAAUGCCAAACUGGACACCACUCCGUUCACGGAUCCGUUCUUUGCCAAGCUAAACUCAGUUGUUGGUGAUGUGAAUAGUUCCAGUAGAUUAAUGCAGAAUAUCAUUCCGACAAGUAACGGCGAAUUACGGUUGCGUAUGGAUUACGGGUUUUGGGACAGCAAAGAGUCGCCUGAGCUCGAUUUGGACGCGGAGGAAGACUACAGCAGUUGUAGUAUGACUACGGUUACGAUGAAUAGUGUUACUAUUGAUAAUAAGCUUCACCAGACGUUAGCGGGAUACGUAAUAACCGACGCUCCCGCAGAAGACGAUGAAAACGAUGAAGAAGUGAAGGAUACACAAACGCGCGAUGCAGAACCCGAACAACAAGGGUUGAACCGGUCUGCUCUCGAUGUUCAGUUCGACAUCGAUGCUGAGGUAGAGCCAGUCCCGGUAGGGGAUGCGUAUAUAAUCGAUUACGCGACCGCUGACGGAGCGGACAAUGACGAGCUAAAUGAGGAUGACCAAAUUGCGCUGCAACAUUGCCAUGGUCUGAAGCGCAAAACGGUCGUUAUCGAAGAUAUGCGACCGAUCGAUUCUUCAUCGAUUAAUUUGGAAUAUUCUUACCGAGCUCUGGAUGCUAUAUCCCAGUUCUGGGCGGGUCCCUCGCAUUGGAAGUUUAAGCGAUCGAAAAGUUUACGCGGUGUUUCAAUAGGAGCCAAUACGUUGAGUUUGGCACUUGCAAGCGCGAGCAAAAAUAAACAAAAGGACAAACAAACACGUAAGAAAAAACGUUUUGAACUGGAUACGCUGGAUGAUAUCAUUAGCGUUGGGGAGGAACUAUUCGUGGAGUAUGGCCAGAGCAAGACGGUUAAAAAAAUUACCCACCUAAAAAGUCUGAUCUGUAGAAAGUGGGACUCGAAAAAACUCAAAUUGCCGACUGAUUUCCAUCUCGAGCGCAAUCGAUUCGAUGUGAACGCUUUUGCUCAGGGUAUUAGGAUGAGAGACUUUGACGCUGCACCGGAGCCGGAUGUUUCGGUUGACGGUUACCAGUAUGACAAUCCGGUGGAUCAGAAUUACUGCAGUCGUGUGACGAACGAUGAAACUGAUAACGAGGCAGAUACGGGUCGAUUGUCAGCCUUCGGUGGAGAUCCUUCCGACCAUCACAACUUUGACGACGUUGUUGGCGGGACAGAAGAUGGUGGUGGAGCACCACCACUGAACACCAGCCUCGAUUUUAUUCCUUCAGAGUUCCAGGGAGCACCAGAUAAAGUAACCAAAAUAAACAUAGCCUACGCGAAGACAGCUAAAGUGGUUGACAUGAAACAACUCAAAACCUGCUGUUGGCGACUCAUCACCGAGCAAAUCACCGGCUCCAGCGCUGACACGGCAGAUGCGGCAAACAAUGACCAACUGCUUAAGGGUGACGGAAAGGCAAACUUCUCCGACAUCUACCGAGAGCUACCGCACAUUCUCAGCAAAUCAAUGAGCGAAAACAUUUCGAAAUCCCUAGCCUUCUACUCGGUACUGCAUCUCACGAACGAGCGGUCACUUCAGUUGCUACGGCAAGAGAAUUUAGAGGAUUUUCAAAUCCUACCACCCGCGUAACAGCUGGGAGGGCAGGUUAGUAAAUAUACUUUUUUUUUUAAUUCCGGUCGAGGACGAGAAAACUGAUAGUGCAAAGUAGUUUAUUUGCGAUAAUCUGCUGUUAUUUCCUGUCCAAUCGUGCCUAAAUUUUUGCAGGAUUGGUAGUGAAACGGAAACCCGAAACAGUGACUAGUAAUAUAUUUUAGUUUUAAAGCUUGGUACUCAUAUUUGCGGUUUAUGUAGUUUAGGCCCUCUCAGUAAAGUUACGUUUCAGUGAGAUUCUUCUCGAAUUUCGCCAAUGUAUUAGCUGCGUUGAGAAACCCAUUGAAAUCAGUGAAAUAGCUUAGAGUUAAGCAAUUUUCAAUGUACAAAUAACACCUGUUAAUAGAACUCUCUGAUA